GUGACUGCACACACGCGCGCGCUGUGUUACUGCUACUACUAAACACCGGUUUGUUUAUUUGUUUAUUUUCUUCUCGGUAAAAAAACAACAACAAAAAAAUCAGUCGUUAACGAGCGCGAGAUGCCGUGUAACCCGAGCCGGAUGAGAGCGCGAGAUCGCGGGGACGUGCUGGGGCGCGCGGAGUUCCUGUCCCUGCAUCAGCCGCAGCGUAAUGGCGGCGCGGCGCGGAGAACGAGCUCCACCAAACCGCAGCAGCAGCACGAGCACGCGCCGCAGCCGCCCGGUGACGGCGGGAAGGAGCGCGCGGAGGCGCCGCGGUGGCCGGAGGAGGACUGCAUGCGGUUAAACCCGUCCCUCAGGGGCAUCGCGGUCAGCUCGCUCCUGGCCAUCGACAUCCACCUGUCCAAGCGCCUCGGCGUGUGCGCGCACGCGUCGUCCUCCUGGGGCAGCGCGCGCUCCGUCGUCACCCUGCUCGCGCUCACCGGACACGGGCUCACGUGGAUCGGCGGCACGUUGGUGUGUCUGACCCGCAGCAGCACCGAGGCCGGACAGGAAGUGCUGAUCAACCUGCUGCUGGCGCUGGUCCUCGACAUCCUGACGGUGGCCGGGGUGCAGAAACUGGUGAAGCGCAGAGGACCGUGGGAAAUGAACCCAGGCUUCCUGGACUGCGUGGCCAUGGACGUGUACUCGUUCCCUGCAGCUCAUGCCAGCAGGGCGGCGAUGGUGUCCCGGUUCCUGCUGUCCCACCUGGUCCUGGCUGUGCCGCUGCGGGUUCUGCUGGUCCUGUGGGCCUUUCUGGUCGGACUCUCCCGGGUUCUGCUCGGGCAGCACCACGUGACCGACAUGGCGUGCGGCUUUGCGCUCGGUUCGCUCCAUUUCAGCCUGGUGGAGACGGUGUGGCUGUCGUCCAGCGCCUGCCAGACACUGCUGUCUAUAGGGACGCUCAGCUGGAACCCCUUCCGUUAACACACACACACACACACAUUAGCAUUUAGCUUUUAAUUACGUUCAAGAUCGAUCUUUUUUUGCUUAGCGGUGCACUAAACUAACAAAAUCGUCCCGCUUGGUGUUCUGGGUUUUUGGUAAACCUCGACGUCCAUUUUCAAAAGAACGACGUUACAUGUGCUAUUACUCCGUAUUAUAUCAUCAGACGUAGUCUAUUUGGUGUCUGAUGUUUGCGUCUUUAGUUCUUAAGGCUAAUAUUUAAAAAAAAAAAACUGGUAGCCUCGCAACCUGAUGCUAACUCUGAAGCUGACGUUACUUUAGUUAUAAUCUGACUGAAGAAUCGAUGGAGAACUUUAUUCAGGAAUUGCGUUAACGUUAGUGUUGAAACGUGAUCCACGAAUUAUUAUGGAUUAGCUUUAAAAGACAGGGGGUGCUAAGAUAACGGCUAAGCUAACACGUUCAAAUGCUGGAACUCUAGAAGUUUUACGAGGACGUCGUCGAGGCACUGAAAGCCGAGGCGCUGCACAAACAGACGCCACAAUCUCAUUCGUUAGCUGAACAAGGUUAGCUAGAUGAAACGUGUCCGUUAUAAGCAGCUCCUCAGUAAGAGCAUGACCUAGCCUUAGGUCUAGCAUUAGCUAGCUAGUUUUUUGAUGUGGAUUUUAGGCUACGUAGGUCUGUAAAAACAAUAUAAACCAAGCAUGUUUGCUAACUAGCGAGCUAAGCCUGUUAAAGUAUUGCUUAGUUCACUGAUAUGAUAGUUAGCUACUUAGCUGAGAUUAAAUGAGUGCUGCACUUUAUUAAUUUAUUUAUUUUCCCUCCUGUAACCACGAACAUCUUCUGUCACCUUGGAAACGUAUCCGACUCGAUAGCUGUCGGUAGAAACGGUCGUGUUUAUGAAAACUCGUACAAAUUUUUGCUUCAGAUGGCAUCGUUACUGUCGUCCAACACAGACAGCUAAAGCUUCACACUGUGAGUCAGCGUUUAGGAGCACAAAAUGGCCGCCGACAUAAAUACCAGUGCUAGGCUACACUGAAGCACAAAAUGGCCACCUCCGUAAUUAAUGUACCAGUGCUAUGCUACAUUGUGAAGUUUAGCUGCUGUUUAUGGAUGACAGGAAGUUCACUGGUGUCCUAAAUCACAUGUGUGUGUGUGUGUGUGUGUGUGUGUGUGUGUGUGUGUGUGUGUGUUCGUUCAGUCACUCUGUUAGCUACUAUUAGCUUCAAGAACUAAAGAAACAAACAUCGGACAUUCUUUUUGUCCUCUUAUUCCUCGGCUUAAGCCGAAUUCAGCUAGGCCCCACCGACUAACUUCCUCCGUGAUUUAUUCAUUUAUUUUUAUUUAUUUAGCUAAUUUGCAUAAUAUGCGAAACCUACUUUUGUAAACUAGCCUCACGAUUUUCACAAAAUUUACACUGAACUACACAUAAGAGUGUGAACCUCAAUAAUGACAAUUAUCAAAAAACGUGUCGAGGUUUGUAAACAAUAUGGCCACCACACGUCAAUCAAUUCUAAGGAGGUGGAGCCUAAUUUACUUAAACAUCUGUAACUCAUGAAUGCGUCCGUGGAUUCGAGCGAAACUUGAAAGCCAUAUACAGGACAAGAUUCUUAGGUCAUAUGCAAUGUUUGGGGAGUGUGAUCAUGAAUAAGGGGGCGGGGCUUAAUUCAGAUAACUGUUGUUAAGGAACCGUAAGUCCGAUCGAGCUGAAAUUUGGUAUGCUGCUUCUGUGUGCCGAUCUCUACGUGGAUUUUUUGAUGAUGACCUAGUCGCUUAAAAAACAUGGUUGCUAUCGGCCAAUCAGAUUUCAGCAGGCAUUUGUCAGAGUUAGCAUUGAGCUUUCGUCACAAACUUUGAUAACUAUGUUCACCUACGAUCUGUUUAAUUGUUUUUAUAAAAUUAUAAGAACUGGGUUACUAAUUUAUCAUUAUUAUUCUUUCUUUUCUUUUUUCUUUUUUUCUUAGUGUGUUAAUGUGCCAUUUGUGUGUGAAUGUAUUUAUUUUUUUUUACUCCAUGCUGCUAUUAUUUUAUCCUAAAUUUUUUUUGCAGAUUGUCUGAAUGUACAUGAGUAAUGUUAUGCCUUAUUGUGCAUGCUACUUUACUAUUUUAUUAUUUAUUAUAAUGAAUUGAUUUAUAUAUUGUAAAUAUACUGUAAAUUAUCCAUUGAGGUUGUUUGUGGUUGGUGGCUGAAUUCUUUUUAUUAAAAUAAUUUGCUGUAUUAUGUUGAGAGAAAUGUGCACAGGGAUUUUAUUAUUGUUUUUUAAAAUUAUUAUUUGAUUAUUUAUUUUCCUAUUUUAAUUAUGCUUCUCCUCAAUCCUUCUGUGUUAAAAUACCUUUUUAAGAAGACAAUAAAUCUUAAAUAAAUAUUCUUUCUUCCAAUUUCUUUCUUUCUGCUGUUUCAUUCACUUUUGUUUUUUCUAUAAUUCUUUCUUUAUUGAUUUCUAAUUUUUCUUUCUACCUUAUUCAUUUUCACAUUUUUUACUCUCAGGAAAUGCAAAUUUAAUAAUGAUUAAUUAUUUACACUAAUUUAUUAUUAUUAUUAUUAUUAUUAUUAUUAUUAUUAUUACUAUUAUUAUUAUGCUCACAGUGUGAUUUUUUUUUUUCAAACAAAUUCUGAACUACGCUGACCUGAACUUGACCUCACAUAAAGUCGUCAGUGUGGUUGUUUGGUUACACACACACACACACACACACACACACACACACACACACACAGGAUAGAUAAUGUAGCUACCAUAUCAAAGCUGAACAGACCUCUGUCACACGAAGCUUAAUCUCUCCUGAACACUGUGUUUAAACACACA